CAUAAACCAAUAAUUAAUUUUAAUUAUUUAUAGUGAUCAAUAUACUUCAGGUGAAUGAAUGUAAUUAAUAACUUGCUGUGUUUCCAGUCUGCUAAUGUAUUUAAAUGUAGUGCGUAUAAAUCAGACAUUCUGCAGAGAGUUCAUAGAGUGGCAAAAAAAGCAGUGCAAAAACAGUCACCUUAGUCACUAAUCCUCAUGCAUUACUGCCGAUCUCCGUGGUUACCACGUGUACACGGGCUGAGACACACGCACUCUUUAGUCUAGACACCAUGAGCUGCGUCUUGCAUCCAAGCAACGCUGAGACGCAAGCGGAGGUCAGUUCAGACCUCAGACACUGCAGGGGGAGUUUGUUUAGUUUAUUACCACCACUGUGCUAAAUAGUGCAAUUAAAGAUGUACAGUCGCGCACGCAGGGUGACGGAUUUGUGCACCGCGAGCGCUGCCAGCGUGGGUCCCGGUUCCUACAACAUCCAGAGACCUGCUCCAGAGAGAACCGAGUCCUUUGCUCCGUUCCUGUCUCUCUCCUCCCGGCCCUCAGUGUUUGACACGGGGGACAGUGAGCAGUGUUCUCCUGGACCGGCUCACUAUAAUGGAGUCCUUUCCUGGGCUCCUGUUCCUGGUGGUAAUUCUCUGCAGAACCGAUCAAAGCGUUUUGAGGAGGCAGAUUCAAAUAUUCCGGGACCAGGAUCCUAUGAUAUCAUCCAGCCAUUGGGGGAAAAGCACUGCUUACCUUCCAUCUCAGACAGGGGUAUUAAGCGUGUGAGGUGGCUGCUCCACUCUGCUCCCUCCAUCCCAUCUCCCAGUCUGGCCUUUGGUUUUGAGGAGGACGAGCAGGGAGAUCUGUGCAUGCAGAAACCACCAAGAACUGACCAGAGCCUGGGCCCUGCCUAUUACAACCCCACCCAGGUAGAAGAAAAGUAUAAAGGAAUCCACUUUGGCCAAAUGACGGGGAAACGGACAGAGAUGAAGCUGGUGGAAGGACCUGGACCAGGACACUACCAUCCAGAGGAGGAUCACUCCGUGUUUUAUGAGAAUGUGAAUUUGAAGCGCGAGAUGAAAAGCCAAGCUGUGUUGCAGAUUCCUCGAUAUCCUGAUCUCCUUAUAUUGCAGGCAAACAAGAAGGGAGUUCCUGGUCCUGGUCAGUAUGAUAUUAAAGGACAAUUUGAGAAGUCAAAUGGAGUCACGAUGUCCAAACCAGCAUUUAUGUCACAAACACCGAGGUUCUGCUUAAAGAAGGAUGUGGCGCCCCCUGUGGGAUCCUAUAAUGAUCCGCGCUGUGCUCUGGAACAUCUAAAUAAACAUAAUGGCGUGAAUAAAAGUCCUUUUAACCUUACAGCAGCUCGAUUCAUUCCUGAAAACAGAAAAAACACCACACCAGGUCCUGGUGCAUAUAACAUUUUUGAUUAUGGUCUGGCAAAUGAGAGUCUGAAGAAAGCACAGUCUGAUGGAAAGAGGACGGGCGGCUUUGGCUCAACAGCCAAAAGAACCACCACCUUCAUCAGUAAAACCACAGAACCAGGACCAUCACACUAUAUGGUAGAGGAAAAGAGGGAGGAGUUUUACAAGCAACAGCCUACAGCAGUCUUUAAAUCAGCCAUGGAGAGACUUCCUGCACCUCUGGGUGCUGUGGACACACCUUCUCCAAGCUCAUACAAUGUGAGAGAAGCAUAUGAAAAAAUGUUUGGACAGGGAGGACAUAGUGAACCUCGCACAAAAGCAGCACAAAAACGGAAGAGCUGUUUCUUAAGCACUGUGCCCAGAAAUUCCUUCUUUCACUAUGAUCCCCACAUCCCAGGCCCAGGUCACUACAGUCCACUCAUUAUGACUAAAUCACAGUUUGCUCUCAUUGGAUUUAAUGAGGAUCGAUUUAAACAAUCUAAAAACACUACACCCGGACCAGGAGCAUACAUGCUGAGCCCUACUUUUUCAGACCCUUUACUCAAGCAUUCUUUCAAUGUGACCCUCCAAAUGCCGAUGAUGCCACACACACUGACUCGAACUCCUCAGCGUGCCAUGGAAGCAGGUCUUUCCUUCACCAGUGUGUAAAUGCACACAGUCAGGGUCAAAUGUCAGUUGUUGUAAUUCGACUAACACUGAUAAAGUGUCCUGAUAGCAUAUAAUAUUGUGAGAUGAGUAACUUUUUUUUUGUUUUCAUCCUAUGUCCCUUUUGUAAUUUUUUUCCACAUUGGAACACUGUGUGUAUUGUAACACAUACCGCAUUACCACAUCCUGUAAGCAGUACAUAAAUGCUUUUACUUGA